UGUAUUUCCGCUAGCCCCCCCUUUUCGGCCGCCGCUCCAUACUCGCCAACAUGCCUCUCGCGAAGGACUUGUUGCACCCAACGCCAGAGGAAGAAAAGAGGAGACACAAGAAGAAGCGUCUCGUACAGUGCCCUAACUCCUAUUUUAUGGAUGUCAAAUGCCCAGGCUGUUAUAAGAUCACUACGGUAUUCAGUCACGCACAGACGGUGGUCUUGUGUGUAGGAUGCUCUACAGUGCUGUGCCAGCCCACCGGAGGAAAGGCCCGCCUCACAGAAGGAUGCUCGUUCAGGAGAAAGCAGCACUAGUCUCUCAUUAACUAAUAUGCAAGGACAAGGGAGACGGCGGGAGGAGAGACAGGAUUGGCUGCUCCACAGGGUUUAAGUGACUCCAUUCUUAACGGGUCCAUGUUCCUGAUGUGUGAUAUGGAGAUGAAUGCUAAACCGAGAAGAGGACGUGAAAACUUAAAAUGUCCAAGUGCUGUCUGAACACAGAGCUUGCUGGAUUGAGGCGUUUAAUUACCGAACCUGUCUCUCUCUCCCUCUCACUUUAAAUAAAGAUUCAUUUUUCAUUUA